GUUAGUGAUGGCGGAAAACGAAGGCGCCAAUGGAAAUGAACAAAAUUUCACUGAAAACUCAGAUUUUGAAUGAAAAGGGAAAAUGGUGAAAAGUUUUCACAACGCCCGCUGUGGCAUUCAAUUUCAAACUGUUUUCGACUUUUAUAAAAUCUCAAUGCCUCAUGCCGCCGCGUGACUGACAACUAGAAGCCGAGAUGGAGUCACGCGCCGCAAAGAGAAGGGCCAACCAACCCCAAAACGAACCCCUCACAAAACGACGCGUCGUGUUGGGUGAACUUUCCAACUUGCCCAAUCUCAUCGUUCCUCAACCAGCGGUCACUGACAAGACCCUCACUGUUCACAACGGUGUUUCUGCAGAAUCAAACGUUAAUGCUCCUAUUGUUUCCGACAUCUAUAACUAUCUUCGUACAAUCGAGAUGGAGAAGCGAAGGCCAAUGGUUGAUUACAUUGAGAAUGUUCAGAAAGAGGUUACAACGAUCAUGAGAGCAAUAUUGGUGGAUUGGAUAGUAGAGGUUGCCGAAGAAUACAAGCUUCUCUCUGAUACCAUUUUUCUCUCUGUUUCAUAUAUCGAUAGAGUUUUGUCUAUUAAUCCUGUCAGCAAGCCGAGGCUACAGUUACUGGGUAUUUCUUCCAUGUUCAUUGCAUCUAAGUAUGAGGAAAUUAGCCCGCCGCAUGUGGAAGAAUUCUGCUUUAUCACUGACAACACGUAUGACAAGGCAGAGGUGGUGAGUAUGGAGGCUGACAUACUUAAGGCCCUGAAUUUUGAAUUGGGCAACCCCACUGUUAAGACCUUUUUAAGGAGGUUUACUGGAAUUGCCUGUGAGAAUAAAAAGGCUUCAAGUUUGCAAUUUGAGUUUAUGAGUUAUUAUCUUGCUGAGCUAAGUUUGUUGGAGUAUUGUUGUUUGAAGUUCUUACCUUCUUUGGUGGCUGCAUCUGUUGUAUUUCUUGCCAGGUUUAUCAUUUGGCCUGAUCUGCAACCUUGGCAGACUUCAGACUUGUAUGAAUGCUCUCGGUAUAAAUCAGUUGAGUUAAAGGAGUGUGUUCUGGUCUUACAUGACUUGUACACGGCAAGGAGGGGAGGGUCUUUCCAAGCUAUUCGGGAGAAAUACAAACAGCAUAAGUUUAAGUACGUAGCAAACCUGUCUGCGCCCCAAGUACCUAAUUAUCUAUUUGAAGAAUGAUGCAGCUAGAUGGAAUCUGCGGUCUUUUGAAGUGGUCCAAUGUUUGAUGGAAUUUGCUCUCUCUUGCACAAGAGCAUGCUAACAAUGGGUUUGUUAAUUGACUUCACAAUGAAGUCAUUUCAAUAUAGAGUUUCAAUUUUGGAGAUUAUACGGUAAAUGGCAAUGAACUUGAUUGCCAAAAAUUGUGUCAAGACACUCUAGAAUUUGUUUAGCUAGUGUAAAGUUUCACUUUAAUAUUAACUAAUUUGCAGCCUGAAGUGUACAAUUAAACUAACCUUCAAUCCAUGACGUUAAUGUAUCUCUUUAGGAUAAAAAUGUAAAUGCUUCUGGGUCUGCCCCUAAGCAGUUGCUGUGAAAGCUAGUUGCACGCUGGCUUUAUGAUAAUUCUUUUGUAUAAUUUGACUUGUAAAUUAAGUUGUCAACUAAAAACAGCGUACAAUCCUUUUGUCCUUGGGGGUCUAA